AUGGCGUCAGUGAGAUCAUGCGUGUCCAUCAAGCCGGCCGCUGGCCCGGCCAGGAACAGAUCCGCCAGGGUCGGGGCGACCACCUUGGAGCCGACAAGGCUGCAGAUAUCCGCUGAUUCUUCCUCUUCAUCAGGCUCGGCCGCGGAUGGCUGCGGCAAAGGUGUCGGCUAUGCCGUCAGUAGCAGCGGCAGGGUCAAUGGCGUUGCUGGUAUGGUUGGAGAUGGCGGGAGAGCGAGGAGGAGGGGCGGGGGGGAGGUGGUACCCACCUGCAGCGCCAUGGAGGGGGUCUCCCAUGGGGCGGUCGCCGCUGCCGUGCCCAGCCUGCCGGCGCUGCCCGAGCGGGCCAAGCUGGUGGCACUCGUGGCAGCCGUCAUGCUGCUCUGCAACGCCGACCGGGUCGUCAUGUCCGUCGCCAUUGUUGCCAUGUUGCAGUCAUCAUAUCUAUGGGGCUAUGUUUUAUCAUCCAUGGUUGGAGGAGCUUUGGCUGACAGAUACGGAGGGAAGAAGGUGAUGGCGGGUGCUGCUGCACUCUGGUCCUUGGCCACUUUCCUCACUCCAUGGGCUGCCUCUCAAUCCGCCAUCAUGUUGCUUGCUAUACGCGUGCUCUUUGGCCUUGCACAAGGUGUCGCAUUCCCGACAAUGAGCACUCUCUUACCAAAGUGGUUCCCAACACAUGAACGUGCCACUGCUGUCGGCCUUUCCAUGGGAGGAUUCCAUCUUGGGAAUGUCGUAAGCUUCCUAGCAACACCGAUCAUCAUGUCACAUAUAGGCCUCGCCAGAACAUUUGCCUUCUUCGCAUCACUUGGUUACUUGUGGAUCUCUGUAUGGCUGUUGAAUGUAGAAAGUGACCCUAUAGACAGCCGCACUAUAAGAAAAUCUGAGCUGCAACUUAUUCUAGCUGGACGAAGUAAAUCAAAAGUCAAAGGCAGCAAAUCACCAUCCUUAAGACAAGUGUUCUCAAAGAUGGAAAUGUGGGCCAUCAUUAUAGCUGAUGUUAUAAAUAAGUGGGGCUAUUUUGUCCUACUAUCAUGGAUGCCGGUGUACUUCAAAACGGUAUAUAAUGUGAAUUUGAAACAAGUUGCAUGGUUUAGCUCCAUACCUUGGGGCGUCAUGGCUCUAUCAGGAUAUGUUGCAGGAGCUUCUGCAGAUUUAAUUAUCAAAUCCGGCUUAUCUAUUGGGCGAGUCCGGAAAAUUAUGCAGUCAAUUGGUUUUAUUGGGCCAGGUGUGUCAUUGCUAUGUUUAAGAUUUGCCCAAACACCGUCGGUCGCGGCAGUUAUCAUGACCGCUGCCUUGGGUUUGAAUUCCUGCAGUCAAGCUGGUUACUUCUGUAAUAUACAGGACAUUGCCCCUACAUACGCUGGAUCCCUACAUGGACUGACGAACGGCAUCGGAACGGUGGCUGCCAUAGUUAGCACGGUAGGAGCAGGAUACUUCAUCCAGUGGCUGGGAUCUUUCCAGGCCUUCCUCACCCUAACGGCGGUGCUCUAUUUCAGCGCCAUCGUCUUCUACAACAUCUAUGCGACAGGAGACCUGAUUUUUGACUGA